CACUCUUGGCGACGUUGCGCACGUCUUGCAAAAGAGAACCUGCCUUCAUAAAGCUUCGACUGAGCAUCCAGAUAGAGGAGUUACAUGGGAACGAUACGGCUAUUCUCUGCCUUCAAACUCUAGCGAAACUUUAUUUUUUACUAAAAAUGGCUCUUCAUAGGAUUUUUCGAGCUGUUAUUAUGGGACCUCCUGGCUCGGGGAAAGGAACAGUGUCAGGGCGGAUUACCAAAACUUUCGGACUACAGCAUAUUUCAAGUGGGGACAUUUUAAGAGCCAACAUCAACGCCAAAACCGAGCUAGGCCUCCUGAUGAAGUCCUGUAUCGAUCAGGGUCAGCUGGUACCUGAUGAUGUCAUGUCUCGCCUCAUCCUGCGCGACUUGAGAGCGAUAGAUCAGAGCAGCUGGCUGCUCGAUGGUUUCCCUCGUACAGUAACCCAGGCAGAGGCUCUGGAUGAUGCAUGCAGUGUGGACACAGUCAUCAAUCUCAAUGUACCUUUCCAGACAAUCAAACAGCGGCUCACGUCUCGCUGGACUCACCUUCCCAGUGGCAGAGUCUACAACACAGAUUUCAACCCUCCUAAAGUCCCUGGUUUGGAUGAUGUAACGGGGGAGCCUCUGGUCCAGAGGGAUGAUGACACACCAGAGACAGUCACACGCAGACUGAAGGCCUAUGAAACCCAGACAGAGCCAGUCUUAGAGUACUACAGGAGUAAAGGUGUUCUUGAGACCUUUACUGGGACUGAAACCAACAAAAUUUGGCCACAUAUUGAGGCUUUUCUCCACAGAAAAAUCCCCCUGAUUAACCAGAAGGUUGCAUAGAAAAUAUGAAGAGUAAAAAAACACAAGAAGGGUUAAAGUUUACCAGCAAAAACCACUAUAAACUCACUGAUCAAUCAGAUACCACUUCCUGUGGUACAAAGAAAGAGCCAUCUGUGUUAUUGACCUUUCUCUAAGCACCACUCUUUAUCUCCAUGAGCCAGUCACAUUUCUUGCAGCUACAUAAUACACUCAGAUAUCUGGGUCUUAGACCACUGACAAACAUUGAAGUGAUGAUUUUCCUGUGGCUUUAUUGUAAUUUUAAUAGAACAUUUAUACAGUUAUAACUUUGAAAAAAGAUGUUUAAGAUGUACCCUGAGUAAAAAGCAAUUCAACUGUACGCCAUUAACGCUUGCUUAGGCAGUGUGAUGAUUGUCUGAGAGAGAGCUAAGAGGACAGGCCAUAGUGAUAGGUCAACUACAUACUCUUAAUGUUCACAAUUAAGAGCAGGCUCUCUCAUUAUAUGCCAAUAAACACUCACAUUUGUUGUUUAGGACAACUCAGCUGAUGAAGAAUGUGUUGCACUGCUGUUUCCCUCUCAGGAUGUGUGCAUAAAAGUCCUUAAAACUUCAGUUAUUAGAAAUUGAAUAGAUUGUUUUUCAGUCCUUUAUGUUUGUGAAGCAAGGAGUUGUUUUUAAAUCUGAAGUUAAUAUGAGGAUAACUGAUCAAUGUUAUGUUUUUAACAAAUGUUGGAAUUUGAAGAUAGAAGUAUUUUAAUGGGAAUGCUGUCCUUUAAAAGUGCAAACUUAAAGGAGGGAAGUUGUGUGCAUAUUUUACCUUCUACUUUGACUACCAUAAUUGUGGCAUCUUUUCUUAGUUGAGGAACUUGAGUUGUCUUAUGCAGUGGGCUUUUGCCCUAAAGGGAAUUGUGCCAUCUUGCACAUCUUACUGUAAUUUAACACAAAUGUGCCUCAUGUUGCCUUUAAAAAUCUAACAGGCUGCUCGCUGAAUGUAAUCUCUGAAUACUUACGAUUAAAAUAUGUUAAUAUUAUCAUGCAACAACCUCUUUUUAAAACCAUAGCUUUUAAUAAUGUUGCCUUGUUUGUUUCACAAUACAAAAAUUCCACUUUAACCAGGCAUUCCUUAAUAAAAUUAUCCAGUAAUGUAUUUUUAUAAACUGAUUUCAGCUGAGAUUUUUACUAAAGAAUUUAAAUCAGACUUCAUCAUGCUAUCAGAUUGUAGGCCUGUCUCAAUGUUCAUGGUUGAUCUGCGGCUCUGUUUUGUCUUAAGAUUGAUUCAUCAUGUUAAAAGCUAUUCGCCUUGUGCUGUUUUGUACUGUAGAAAUGUAUAAAGUGAAUGUUUCCUGACUUGUGAACUUCUGAGCACUUGAAUACAAUGUUUGAGCACAUCUCCAUUUUAUAGACAACAUACAAGUGCUCUUUGAGUAUUUAUUUUGAAUCACAAUAAACCUCUGAUAUAAGA